AUUAACAUCAUAUAAGUCAUUAAGCUACUAUUUAGACUCAACCAAAUCUCCAAUCAAAUAUUGCCACCUCACCCAUCAUUUUCACUCACAAUUACCGUGCUCUGACCAUAUACAUCAAUAUUCUCUUGUUUCAUUAUACACGCACCUACCCUUUAUACAAUAGUUUCAAUUCAUUUUAUUUACUUAGAUAUAUUCAAAUCGCUCUAUAUAUACUUUACACAACAAUAGUUAAUUAAUUUCAUUUCUAGUUGAACUUUUAUAUAAUAAGAUAUACAAAGAGGGAUUGAGGGAAGAAAAUAAAAAUCUCUAGUACUUCCUUCCCUUCCAUCAUGAGAUCAACCAGUUGCUGCCUUCGUCUCUACCCUACAACUACUUCAAAAGCUUCUCUCAUCCCUACAAACCCACCUCAACUUAAUUCCUUGGAGAAAAGUAGAGGAACUUGGAGAAGGCCAUGGCCAUGCAGCGUUGUGAUAGGAGUGGCAUCAUGCUUCACUAUAAUUGGAUUACAAUACAACAAUUCAAUUCAAUUGGAACAUCAAGUUAUGCCUAAGGAAGAGAAUAUCAUGUUGGUGGCCAUGUCAAAUUUAAUGGAUGAUUAUGAUGAUCAUGUGUUGAACAAUCCAUCAUCAUCAAAAGUACUUUUGGUUAGUGGUUCUGCCAAAUGGAGUCAGAAAAGGAUGUGUCCGUCUUGGCAAGGAAAUAAUCCGCUCGAAACCAUUGUACCGGAGAACCUUCCACGCCCAGCUGCACGCCGAAGAUAUGAGGCCGUUCGCUCUAAUUCUAAGACUGCUCCGCCACUAUCAAUGUCCGUCAAACUUAAAUCCAAUAGGGACAGUUGUUUUUCGAUGUGAAAAUUGAAAAAUUCAAUCAAUUAUAACUGUAGAUAAUUAUCAAUUAAUUUUUAUUAAUCACUUUCCCUUUUGCAUAAAUUAAGUUCGUGAUUGUACAUUCAUAGUGAAAUACUCGAAUAAAUAUGUAGUACACAAGUACUGGGUUGGAUUUAUGUACGUUGAUCAUUGUAGUACAUUAUGUAUGUAGUACACAUUUCGAUUGCUUUCACGAUUUAGCCUCCAUUCCAAUAAUGCAUAACGUUACAACCGA